AGGAAAUAGAAAACAGGAGGAAAAAGGAAAGAAGAAAGAGAGUUUGGAAAGCAAGACAAAAUCAAAACUAAAACCAAACGCCUGAGAGAUUACAAGAAGAAGAAGAGAUUGUCAACUGCGAAGGUCGUUGUUGCUUCUUCCUGCUUCACUGAGAAGAUGAACGGCGGCCCCUCUGGUUUCCACAAUGCUCCUGUUACCAGAGCCUUCGUCAUUGCUAGCGCUCUCUUCACCGUCUUCUUUGGGUUCCAGGGCCGUUCUAGCAAGCUUGGAUUGUCGUAUCUGGAUAUAUUUGGGAAGUUUCGCCUUUGGAAGUUAAUUGUGUCAAUUUUUGCCUUUUCAUCUACACCAGAACUGAUGUUUGGGCUGUAUCUGCUAUAUUACUUCAGGGUCUUUGAGAGACAGAUAGGUUCCAAUAAGUACUCGGUGUUUAUUUUGUUCUCUGUGACCGUAUCAUUACUCUUUGAGAUCCUUGCUCUAGCAUAUCUUAAAGAUCCUGCAGUAAACCUGGUGACGUCAGGACCUUAUGGUCUUAUUUUUGCAUCUUUUGUACCCUUUUUCUUUGACAUUCCAGUUUCAACACGCUUUCGUGUAUUUGGUGUGCGCUUCUCGGAUAAGUCUUUCAUAUAUCUAGCUGGUCUACAGCUUCUUUUAUCAUCCUGGAAAAGAUCAAUCUUACCAGGGGUAUUUGGCAUCCUUUGUGGUUCCUUAUAUCAUCUAAAUGUCUUCCAUAUCCGCAAAGCAAAGUUCCCAGAAGUCAUUGCUUCUUUCUUUUCACGGAUUUCUUGGCCAUCAACGGGGAGUCCGCCAGCAGCGCCAACUAGAAAUAUUGUGGGAAGUGCAACACCAUUCACAGCUCGGCAAGUAGAGAGAAAUUAUCCCUCUGCCUUGGCUUCUGCCACAGAGCCAACGGAGGCCUCCAUUGCGACUCUGGUUUCUAUGGGCUUUGAUAGGAAUUCUGCCAGACAGGCACUGGUGCAGGCUAGAAAUGAUGUCAACGUAGCUACAAACAUCCUUCUUGAAGCGCAGGCUCACUGAUUCCAAAACUAUAGUUCUGUGAAGACGAACCUGAAUAUUUUUGAAUUCAGGGAUGGAAGAUCCAUCCAUAUCUAAGGGUGGCAAUACAAAUUUGCACAUUCAGAGGGCUGGAGAUGAUGAUGUGCUCUCAGAAAUCCAUUAAGGCAUUUGCAGUAUCUUAGUCAAGGAUUACUAUUUUAUUUCCUUCUCUCUUUAGUUUCCUUGUAGCUAUGGCAUUCGGGAUAUGUAUUUAUACUCGAUUUAUGCAAAAGUAGGAGGCUGUAGAAUUGUCUGCAUCAUAUUGGAAUUUGGAAGCGUCCAUAUUCUCUUUGAAAGAAAACCCGAGAUGUACAGCUGCAGUAUAUUGCAUUCGGACUGUUAAAUAUAUGGGAGUCCCCUUUUGACUAGGCCUGUCA